AUGUCUGUAAUAAAUAUUAAAACUGCUGAAGAAUACAAUAAUGCAAUAAACGAGGACAAAGUUUCAGUUGUGCUCUUCUCUGCCGACUGGGCCGAACAAUGUAAACAAGUAUCUGAAGUGCUAGAGGAAUUAGCCAAAAUUUUAAAGCAGCUACAAUUCUACAGUCUAAAUGCAGAAAAAUAUGCUGAAAUAUCAUUGAAGCAUCAAAUUGAUGCUGUGCCGACUAUUAUAUUCUUCAAAGCGGGAACAGCAGUAGACCGUGUGGAUGGUGUAGAUAUAGCAGCUUUGACAACGAAAUGUAAAAAGCUUGGAGCAAAUAAUAGUAGUAAUUCAGGUGAAACGUUAGAGGAACGUUUAAAAUCAUUAAUAAAUCAUGCGCCAGUAAUGAUCUUCAUGAAAGGUGAUCGAAAUGCACCACGUUGUGGUUUUUCGAGAACAUUAAUUGAAAUAGUAAAUAAAGUCGGUAUUCCAUAUGAAACUUUCGAUAUUCUGACCGAUGAAGAAGUACGUCAAGGCUUAAAAACAUACUCCGAUUGGCCUACAUAUCCACAAGUUUAUGUUAAGGGUGAACUAAUUGGUGGCUUGGAUAUUGUAAAAGAAUUGCAAGCAAACAAUGAGCUAGAAAGCUCGCUUAAGGGUUGAAUCUUUUUAAGAUAUAAAUUGAUCUUUGAACUCUGCGAAAAAAAUAAAUAAAGUACAUAGCUUGUAUACUUUUUACUAAAUUGUA